CUUUCAAACAUCAACUGUUCUGUUUGAGUUGCAUUCAAGAUGGCUUUCGAAGCUAAGAUUUGAAAUAUACGAAAGAUUUGCAGCAUAAUGCAAUUGUCAUCUUGAUGCUAUAUGAAAGAAAAUCGAUAGCAACAAUUAGCAUUUGCACCUAUAUAAGUGGAAUUUUCAAGGAUUUGCCUUUUCGUUCUUUCUGUACUGGAUAGCUUUGCGAUUCUCAAAGACAAACAUUGAAGUGGCCAGUCACUAUUGAUGCUGCAGAUAAGGGAAGUUUUCUGUAAUGUUAACCUUGUACACUGAUUUUCUCGGAUGCAUAGAAUUAAAAUGGAUGCAAAGAAGGUUCAUGCAGUCUCUGCAUAUCGUUGAACUUGGAGUUCUUUUCUGUUAGCAUUGAUACUGUUUUUCUUUUGAAUUCUCAAACUUGUUUCCAGAAAUCCAUACACACCAUGAUGUACAAGCUUGUAAGGUUUGCAAUUACGCUGCAGCUUCUUCCCUUUUGUUUCAAGAUAGCAGAGUCAACCUGUACAAAUAAUGCACCAUGUACACCACCACCUCCACAGAAUCUCCUUCGAGAUGGGAGAACGAAUCAGACAUAUAUUAGUGUUAGUGCCCCGUGUGGCAACCCAGUUGAAGAAUUUUGCUCUCCAACAACUUGUGGUCUCUUUUGCAAUGCAUCAGAUCCAAAUAGAAGAUAUCAAAUACAAGAUAUGAUUGAUGCUGAAUCAAACCCUACUUACUGGAAAAGCAAAAACUUUGAUGCCCCAGUGACAAUUCAAAUUGACCUGAACCAGAAACUUUUACUUCAUCAAGUAACAGUUAUAUUUGAAUUUGACUACCCAUCAUACGUCUUUAUAGAGCGAUCUCAAGAUUUUGGAAGAUCAUAUGGCCUGAUACACCAUUCAGCUAUAAACUGUCUUACAUCUUCUGGAAUAAGCCCAUCAACAAGCUAUCGCGCAAAGCUACCAGUGUGUAUGGAAAUCUCACUAACACUUUCUCCAAAAGCGGUAUCAUACAUGCCAAGGACUGAUGAAACGAUUAUGAAUCAAAUUCAAACAGAUCUCACAGUUAGAGAUUACUUCAUUUUCACCAAUCUGAGAUAUGUCCUCAGCAGCUAUCGAACUCCACCAGGUUUUGACAGAAACAGUGCACAACUAAAAUAUUAUUUUGCAAUAAAGAACUUUGAUCUCCAAGGCUCAUGUUACUGUAAUGGAAUGGGAGACCAAUGCAGUGCAAGUAAUAACAGUAAGUGUAUCUGCCAAAAGAACACUCAAGGUGACAACUGUCAAGAGUGCCAACCAUUUUUCAACAAUAAGCCUUGGCGAUAUGGAAUUGCUUGUGAAUCGUGCAAUUGCAGUUCACUUGCCACGAGCUGUGUUUAUGAUGCUGCAAAAGGACAUGGUGUCUGCCAAAACUGUACAAGAAAUACAACUGGAGACUUCUGCAAUCAGUGUCUCUCAGGAUUCCACCGUAAUCCUCAGAGAAUCUGUGUUGAUUGCGGGUGUGACUUGAGGGGCGUGAGUGUCAGUGGCCGUAUUUGUAAUGAAACCACGGGGUUGUGCAAUUGCAAGCAGAAUGUCCAAGGUUCUAAAUGCGACACUUGUAAAGAACAAUUCUGGGGACUUAAUAUGUCAAAUGCAAAUGGCUGCAAUGCAUGUGGAUGUAUGGCUUGGGCUACCGUCAAUGGAAGUAACAUUUGCGAUUCACAUACGGGACAAUGUUCGUGUCGUCUCGGGUUUGCGGGAAGGACCUGCAAUCAGUGUCGUGUUGAUUAUUACAGCAUCCAGUCGGUCAACCCUACCCAGUGUACAGCAUGUCUGUGUAACCCGUCUGGUUCAAUGAACACGAGCUGCUCAAAUACCGGGUCCUGCUACUGUAGGCCCAAUUACUCAGGCGAAAAGUGCGAAGUUCUUGCGUCUGGAUAUUACUCCGCAAGUGUUUCACAGUUACUGUUUUCGUCUCUCCAGGCUGUAGUUUCAUCUUCAGCAGCGUUUUAUUCAUCGUCAUCUCGGUUUGUCAAUUCAAGAGGAUCAGUCUUUCAUUAUGUUGGAUACUCCUUAGGACUUGAUGUCAGAACCCGUACAAGCACUGUUCUGUCCUUCAGCAUGACCCUACCUGCAACCACUGGCUAUGAGUUUGUUUUGCGGUAUCUGUCGAGUUAUACCUUCAGUAACACCAUGCUAACGAUUAGCCGCCAGUUUGCUUUCCAACCCUAUGCCUGCCAAAUGGAUGGAUCGACCGAGCAGAUAACCGUUGGUGGAAAUAUUGUACUAUAUAACAAUCUACCUUUCAAUAAUCAAAGUCGCAGUUUUGGGUCGGUGUGUCUUUCGCAAGGAGCAUACAGCAUCUCACUUAGUAUCCCGUUUAACAGCUCUGUCGCUAACGCAAGAAUUCUUGUCACGUCUCUGCUAGUCCUGCCGUCAUAUCGAUACUCCGCUUUAUACAUGGCUGCCAACACAACAACACAGUCACGUAUUCGAUUCUACUACAAUCAAGCGUACAGCCAAUCAUCAUGGUCAGUUUACCAGGCUGAAGGAGCAUUUUACAUGGGCUAUCUGUACGGUGCAGUGGUUUCGUCGUCUCAAAGUUGCCAGUGUAACAAUAUUGGAUCAAUCACAACGGCAUCAUGUGAUCAGUAUGGUGGACAAUGCCGUUGCAAAGCGAAUGUCACAGGGUUACGUUGUGAUUCUUGCCUUCCUAACCACGCGAAUUUUUCUUCAGGUCUUGGAUGUUCAGCCUGCGGCUGCCAUCCGUUUGGAUCUCAAAAUACAAGCUGUCAUCCACAAACUGGGCAGUGUUUCUGCGAAGCUAAUGUUGUUGGUGCCAAGUGUGACCAAUGUCGAUCCGACUAUCAUGGCGUCAACACUGGUAGAGGAUGCGUGCCAUGCAACUGUUCUAGUGUGUAUGCCUCAAGACAGCAAUGCUACGAAAACGGAACCUGCGCAUGCAAGCAAGGCAUUGGAGGAGAGAAAUGCUCUCAGUGCUUGCCGGGCUUUCAUACUCUCACUACAUCAGGUUGUACUCGCUGCAGUUGCAACCCCAUCGGAAGUGUGAAUUCUGUUUGCAAUACAUCGUCAGCCUCUUGUCAUUGCAAGCCGAACACCUCUGGCCCGUCAUGCAGUCAGUGCAGGCCCAGUUACUAUGGAUACAGUAAUCAGUUCCCUGAUAUUUGUAUUCGGUGCUAUUGUUCCGGAAAAACACAGCAAUGUACAACGGCUAGAGGGUUCUUUCAUACAACGAUCAACACGACUUUACUGACAACUGUUAACAAUGUUGCCUUGGAUGGAUGGACAUCAGUGAAUGGCAAUGGUUUUGCUUCAGGAAGCCUGUUUUUGAGUUGGUUUGGGCCUUUCAGAGGUUCGGUUCAGUUGCAGAACACCAGAGAGGAAAGUGAGCUUUUCUUUGUUGCCCCAUCCAAAUAUCUUGGCGAUAAACGAGCUUCAUACAUGCUGAGCCUAACGUUUUUAUUGAGUCAAGAUACCACAAAUCAGCCAAUCAAUUCAUCACUUGGUGACGUCAUAUUGCGAGGAAACAAUGCAUCGUACACAUUGGUAACAAAGCUGAAUGCUGCACCUCUACAACAUCCAUCGUUCAGAAGCUACAAGGUCAUGUUUCAAGAAAGAUAUUGGGCUAAAAACCAGAUCGGCGGAGCCUCGGUUACGAGCGAAGAAUUCAUUGCAGUCAUAAGCAACCUACGAUCUCUGCAUAUAAGAGGGAAGUGGACAACGGCAUCCAGACAAAGUUCUUAUCUCGCGAACAUUCAAAUGGAGUAUAGUACAAACACUGCUGUUUCCAGUAAUGCUUCAUAUAACGUCGAAAAUUGUUCGUGUCCUCUUGGCUAUACUGGUUUAUCGUGCGAGCGUUGCGAUCGUGGUUACACAAGAAGUACACCAUAUGGUGCAGCAAGCACGUCUUGCGUUCCAUGUAGAUGCAACAAUCAUUCAUCUACGUGUAAUCCAGUAAAUGGCGUGUGUGAUCAGUGUCAACAUUCUACCACGGGUACAAACUGUCAAAGCUGCCGCGCAGGUUACUAUGGUAAUGCCACUCAAGGCACUCCGCUUGACUGCAGCCCUUGUCGAUGCCCUGGAGGACCUGGGGCAUCCAAUCAGUAUUCUCCUGUCUGUGCCUUAGCCAACGACGGGUCGCCCAACUGCACGGCCUGUGAAUCUGGCUACAAAGGCAGGCGUUGCGAGAUGUGUCAAGAGGGGUUUUUCGGCAACCCACUGAUUCCUGGGAGAAGAUGCGUCCAAUGUCAAUGUAGUGGCAACUCGCUAAGUUGCAAUAACGCAACAGGAGAAUGUAUGAACUGCCUAUACAAUACCACUGGUUUUAAUUGUGAACGAUGCAGAAAUGGCACAUAUGGCAAUGCAUUAAGCACGAAUCCUGUGAAAUGUCAAGAUUGUAACUGCGAUGCCAUAGGAUCACCUAGCAACACUUGUAAUUCAAUCACUGGACGGUGUUCUUGCAAGACGAAUGUAUACGGUCGUACAUGUAAUCAAUGUGUCCCAAAUAGUUAUAACUUUAGCAGUGGCGUUGGCUGUACUCUGUGCCAUUGUAACACAUUUGGAUCUGCUAACCUCCAAUGCCGUAAUAACGGAACAUGUCACUGUAAAGCACGUGUCACUGGCGAGAAAUGUGAUCGCUGCAUGCCUGGCUAUUACAAUUUGGCUGCUGGCUGCCUGCCAUGCAAUUGUAGUUCCAACUACACCAUUGAAAAUACGACAUGUAAUGCGAACACUGGCCUAUGUCAAUGUAAAAGCACAACCUCUGGCGGACGGUAUGGCGGUCGCCAGUGUUCCCAGUGUGGAUCAAACGCAUUUGGAACGCCUCCGAAUUGUGAGCUGUGUGUCGAAGAAUGCUACAACAACUGGAAUGGCUACAUUUCAACGGAAACUGGCAGACUAGCAAACCUUAUGGCAAACACUUCUGCAUUGCUUGCAAGGUUUGGUAGCAUGUCUUAUUCACAAAUCAACACAGAAAUACAGAUCUUGAACAAUAAUUUGACGUAUGCUUCAACUGUAUUUGAAGGGGCGCAGUACGAUACAAGGGCUAAAGAGGCGCAGUUUAGACAGAUCGAGACAAGUAUCAUUACAUUCGAGUCAUCGGUGAACAGAUCCAAUGAACAGCUGCAGUCUUUAGAGCAGUACUUUACAGCCACAAGAUCAUUCAACGGCGUAGUCAACUUAGAUUCAAGCACACCCUCUUCCUUUCCAUCGCCAUUCACAAACCUACAAGUGACGUCACUCACUUUCAGCGUUCCUGCGACUGCCAGCCCGGCAUCGAUCACCACAAUGGCCCAGGGAUAUCUGUCUUCUUCAAACGCGAAUAAUGCUUCAGCUACUAUCCUUUAUUCGACAAUACUUCAAAAUCACAAUCAGAUUCAAACGGCAAACCAAAGCAUCAACCAAGCUGCCUCCGAUAUUUCUGCCUCAAUGGCCAGGCUGUUCCAAGCGGCAACAGAACGAGCUAGGGCAUCAACAUUCCUAGAUGCGAGUUUCCAGACUACUUUCCAGGCCAACGCAGUCGAGCUGCAGCAAAUAAACAGCCUGGUCCAGGGGAUCAAAAAACUCCUGGAUAGUACAGCAACAACACACUCUGAAGCAACACAGCUACUUAGUACUGCGCAGGCAACAAUGACUACUGCGGAGUCAAUUCUAAAUACAAGUCGAAACCAAGCUAAUGCGGCUUCGCAGGCUGCCAGUGAAAUGCUGCUUAGUGGCUCGAGUUUGCAAGCUAAUACACAACAGACACAGUCUUUAGCAAUCAGACUAAAGUCGAACGCCGAUGCUCUUUUGUAUGAUGCCCAACAAACUACUUCCAGUGUUGCGACGUCGAUAAAUAAAGUUGCGACCAUUCGAAAUCAAACCGAGGAAGCUACGAGGACAGCGAACCAAGCCAUCAAUCAAACUCUCCCCGUCAGCUUAUCUAGAAUCCAGUCACUUUCUGCACAAAUCAUGGCAACAACAAUUAACGAAUCGCAGAUAAACCAAACAUUGAAAGGAGCUACGGAUGGUUUAAGGCGCGCCCAGGAAGUUCAAAUAUUGUCUCAGCAAGCCCAGAACUCUUCCCAGUCAACUUUGGCCAAUAUUCAAUCUGUUGAAGCCUCAUUACUGUCUGCAGAAACGCUGCAAAACUCUACACGGCAAAUGCAUUUAGACAAUGACAAAAAAGUUACAGAAAUAAAAAAUAUCAGUAGAACUGUUGAAAGCCAGUUCAGAGGUCUUCAAGGAACAGGCCAACAGGUCCUGGCCCUCGUAAACUCAACGAUCACUCAAGUUAAUGACAGUUUGAUGUGCUUUGCGAACGCCAAGAGCACAGUUGAUAACGCAACGUCAAUAGCCCAAUCAGCUCAGAGUUUAUCUACAAGUGCUCUUUUGAUACAUCAAAGCAAUACACAGAGAAUUACAAGCUACUCCACUCAAAUAAACACUGCACACGCUACAACAACUGCUCAGUACAGUGAAGUUCAAAAAGUUCAAGCUAAUGCAACCCAGCUACUAAGUGAUGUCACCGAGGCAGAACGAUUGCUGGCACAAGUCAUAGAACAAAAUUCCGAGCUGACAAGGCUACAAGCAGAGUCAGCAGCACUUGAGACGGAACUUGAUGCCUUGAUAACAAAAUACGACCAAGCCGUUGCAAAGUUCAGUACUUGCAGCAGGAACUGAAGUACCUCUAACUCCAUUACAACAAGAAGUAGAGUAGAUGGUCUACACUAUUUGUUGCCAGUAAGACAUUCCUAGGCCGAUUUUAAUCCUAUUUUUUUCAGAUCAAUGCAUGCGAGCCAGGUCAUUGAAUGGUUAAUACCCCCUCUGAUGUUUUCAUACUACCAAAGUCUCAACUAGAUGUAUUAGUUUUUUUCCGUUGAGGUUUACCGUAGGCUGUCCAUCUGGUGAGGAAAGAUGCUUCUAUUUAUAUUAAUUAUAGUAGGAUCUUAGAGAACGUUCUAACAAACACAGUCUUAACUUGGAGAACAUCCGUUUAAAAUAUAGGGCGCUCUAUUGUAGUCUUUUCAGCUUUAUUCUGUAGAUUUCAAGAAUAAAUUAACAACGAUCUAAUGUAUAUAAUGAAUAAUUUUGAUAUGUGAUUUAUUAGAAAUAGGUUCUUAAUUGUAUAUCUUUUGGUAUUGCAUUAUUCUAUAGUAUUUUCUUCAUUUAGAAACAGGUACAGUUGACUCAGAUUAUAGUCACUCUGCCUAAAGUCACACUAUUGGUGACGGUCAAAGAAUUUUGAUCCAAAUAUCCACAACUAUUCAAUUUAGUUCUGUUGACAAUCACACGCCUUUCACAGUCAAAUUUUCAAGCAACAUUUUGUUUGACUUUAUCCGGAGUCUACUGUAUCUAUUUUCCUUUUGGUAGAUUAAAUAAAAAUCAAGCCAAUUUCUCAUAAAGCUGUGAGCUCCUACUAAAUUUCGCUGUAAACCUUCUUGAAAAAAAAUUGCUACUUGAUGUUUUAAAAUUUGUUGAGCAAGUGGACAUUCAAUGCUAGCAAUUUUCAUUUUAAAAAUGAAAGCGUAUUGUAAGCACAGCAAAGAUGAUGCAAAACAACGUUUCUCUGUCUCGAAAUAUCAGGCAGUGGAGAGUAUUGCAUGGUUGCUCAUCGUUUUAAAAAAUACUGGCGCUGUUUUGUUAUUGGAACCGUUGAAAGGUCAGUGGAAAUGGAGUCUUUCAGGCCUCUAUGCGUGAUCCAACUAACCUUCUGGUUUAAUGAGAAAUUGGCUAAAUUUACUAUACAUAAGUAUGUGAUCAAAAGUGAAGAUGCACCUUUAAGGAUUGCACUUUUUAAUAUUUAAGAGUUAUGGUCUUAGAAGCACUUCUCCUAACAUGCCGAUUGAUACAGAUAUUGUUGCUUUGUUUGUGUAUAUGCAUGUUUGUGUAUAAUAGCAAAAAUAUUUUGGAUUUUAGUAGGAAGAAAGCUAAGAAAAAACUAGGUGGUGACGAAAUUAGACUUUUUAGAGAGUUAGAAUGAAGGAACUUCAACUUCUCUGCACCCCUGUCUCCUAAUUAAAUAUGUAAAGCUCUUCUUUCUUCGGGUAUUUGCAUAGAAAACAGUAGCUGGGGACCAUUUUACUUAUGACGAGGCUUUGAGAAUAGAUGAUUUUGAUGCUAUUUCUAACCCAACCAUUACCACUUUAGAUUUGCAGGGAUUGUGGUCACUGACAAGUGGUCAACUUUUUUCAACUCAAAAUUCAUCAAAUUGAAGUCUUGAUCAGAUUGUUCCCAUGUUUGGAAAAA